AUGGAUCAAACACCUUUUUCAAAGGCGUAUAUAAUAUUCGACCGGGUCACUACCUCCUCAGUCAGAGCUUCGGUCCAUUGGAGCAAACCGAAUACUGGGACUGUGAGUUCCCCGACAAGUACUCACACCGGUCAGAGAGCCUUGGAACCGCGUUCGGAAGAGGAAAUAAUUCUGGGACUUCGGAAGCAUCUUCUGGAGGCUGUGAAGCUCCGUCUACGGGCUGAUGUGCCGGCCGGUGUUUACCUGAGUGGCGGGUUAGACUCCACCGCCGUGGCUGGGAUGGUCUCCCACUUGAUGAAGAACGGAGAACGCCUUGGGAAUAACCCCGAUGGGUUGAAGUCGCAGCUGCAUUGCUUUACAGUGCAGUUUGACCGGGAUAGUGGGUAUGAUGAGUCUGAUGUCGCCGAACGUACCGCUACUUGGCUUGGCGCCAAUUGUCAUCUCGUGCCCGUCGAUGAAGCUGUCCUUGCCGCAGGGUUUGAGGAUACCAUUUGGUUCAGCGAAUCACCACUGCCGGAUCUAUGUGGCGUGGGGAAACUGGCGCUGGCGGAGGCAGUACAUAAAGAAGGCAUCAAGGUCGUGCUUACAGGUGAGGGUGCCGAUGAGCAUUUCGGAGGUUACUCGUACUUGAGACUGGAUGCCCUGGCUGAGCCAGAUCCGUCCUGGCCAGCCGCGCAAUUCCCUGAGUCAGAAAGGCUUCAAAUGCAUGAGAAGCUUUAUCGCCAAGUUGACUCCUCUGGUUCUGUCGGACGGGUCGAGUCGGCCGAGCGCAUGCUCAACGGCUCAUUCUAUGGUCAAGAAAUGGCGUAUUUCAACUUUCUACCCUUCGCAUCCUGGACAGAUCUCUACGCCUCUGUCCCUCCACACACUGCCCUUGCUGAAAGUUUCAGCGGUAGUACUCGCGACCGGAUGAUGAAUAAAUGGCAUCUCCUGCACACAUCAGAGUAUAUUUCGAUCAAGACCUUCCUGUCAACCUUUAUCCUUCGCAACGCGGGCGAUAACGUGGACAUGGUUCACCAGGUGGAGAGUAGACCUCCAUUUCUGGAUCAUCGCGUUACCGAGUAUGCCAACCAGAUUCCUCCCAGUUUAAAGAUGUCUGUCGACCCAGUCUCGAAGACGUUUCGCGACAAACACAUUCUUCGUGAAGCAGUGAAGCCUUUCAUUCCCGAUGAGAUAUACUCUAGACCCAAAAGGUCCUACGCCGCACCAGUCCGCUAUCCAAAGGAUGGACCACUAUGUCAGCUCUUCAACCAAUUAGUGACUGAGGAGAAUGUCAAGAAGCUUGGGUUUGUGGAUUGGGGAAAAGCCAAAGGCAACCUACACAGAGCAUUUGAAGGUUCUGAUGACAUGGCGUUUAGAUUUACCCUUACCCUCGCUCAAUUUGUGGUUCUGAUGCAGAGAUUUGGAGUAGCGACUUGCUGCCCGAGCCCAAAUGCUCUUUCCUAA